UCUAGCUGGAAAAAUAAUCAAAACACAAUCGAUAAAACUGAGACCCAAAUCCACUUAAAAAAGGCAAAAAGAAAAAAAAAUAACCCCCAAAGUACUUGCCUAUAGUCAGCAACUCACACUAUACACCAGCACACAAUUUCCAAAUCUUGCAAUGGAUCCGCUCACACUCCUCCGGGAGUACACAAUCCGCAACGAGCUCCACAACAUCAUCCGCGUCGGCGACGACUACCGUUUCGGCAACGACUACUCUUUCCCUUGCACUAUCGAAACCGCUUAUCGCUCGAAGCACGUACAAGCCAAUCGCUACACUCUUGAAACCCUAAUCAACUUCAUCACCAAUCACCACCUCAAACACACCGAGUACAUCCAACAAUCUCGCUCCCUCCGUAUCCCCGCUGUCACACUACCCGAUCGUAAACCCCUCCUCGAUUACCUCACCGGUAAAACCGCCUCCUCCGAUUCCAUCGAAUUCGUCAAAUUCCCACAGCACAAUGACGCUGCUGCGGUUCCCGGUUUGGGUGUUGAGGAUGUUAGGGUUUUGGAAAAUGAAAAUCAGAAGCAGAACCCGAUUGAGUUGAUUAAAGCUGUGGAGAAGCCGUUGAAGGAUAGAGAAGCGAUUUUGUUUUGUAAGAAUAGGGAUUUUUACAGUGUGUUUACGGCGGCGUUGAGGAGAGAUGAGGAACGGCAGAGGGCGGAGUCUUUGCAGAGGAAAGAUGGGUUGGUAGCGAAGAGUAGGAUAGAGAGAGGAUUUGGAGGUGGUGGUGAUGAGUUAGGGUAUGAUGGAGGUCCGAAAGCAAAAAUGCAUUUGAAAGGAAGUAAGAUAGGGGAGGGAGUUCCGAUUAUUUUGGUUCCCAGUGCGUUUUCAACGUUGAUUACGAUUUAUAAUGUGAAGGAGUUUUUGGAGGAUGGUGUGUUUAUACCAACUGAUGUGAAGUUGAAGCAGAUGAAGGGGUCGAAACCGGAUUGUAUUACGGUGCAAAAGAAGUUUAGUAGGGAUAGGGUGGUUACGGCGUAUGAGGUAAGGGAUAAGCCUUCUGCGUUGAAGACGGAGGAUUGGGAUCGUGUGGUGGCGGUUUUUGUGUUGGGGAAAGAAUGGCAGUUUAAAGAUUGGCCUUUUAAGGAUCACGUUGAGAUCUUUAACAGGAUUGUAGGUUUUUUCUUGCGUUUUGAGGAUGACAGCGUGGAGUCAGCAAAGACUGUGAAGCAAUGGAAUGUCAAGAUUAUUUCGAUAAGUAAGAACAAACGCCACCAGGACAGAGCUGCAGCACUUGAGGUGUGGGACAAACUUGAAGAAUUUAUGCGGUCUCGGUCGCAUUGAUGCAUGUUGAGUCUAUAGGUGAAACUAGAUGACAAUUGUAUCUUACCAAAUUGGACAGCCAAGAGACUCGACAAAAUCGAAAAGUACCCUGAUAAACUUGUCAAUGUCAUCAGUAAAUAGAAUUACAGCCUCCUUAGCUGGAUAUCACCCUUUUUUAGGGUCUAUGAGGGCUUCUGUUGUGGCAAACCCCCUUGUUCUGAACGUAUAAAUUUUAUGUACAUAUACAUUACUUGUAGGCCAAUUAAUUUAAUUUGUUACAUAGCUUCUUUGGA